AUGUAUUUCAGGGUACCAGAAGAGACUGACGCAACAAAGUCCACAACAGAAGAACUUGAGCAAGUCGCAUUGUUCCAGAAAUUCUUAGAGAGGAAAUUCCACUUGGGAAUAGGACUGCACCCCGAACUCAGGUAUCCCGCUGGAAGUGGCCGUACACAAGCUAAGCUUGGAUCACAGCAUUCCUCAAACAUCCUAUUGCCGAGGCCAGAAAUAAAUUCAUCAAAGAAGAUGUCCUCCAAUACUAUCAAUAUCGGAAGAAGGCGAAAAACUGUUAGUCUACUUAGCAGUCUCAGAGGUAGCGGUGUACUAUGGGUAUACCGAACAACAACCAAAUCAAGCACGGGGGAGACUCCUUUUUCUCUUGUGUACGGGGCAGAAGCCCUGUUCCCAACGGAAGUAGGUGAGACUACCAUGAGAUAUUUCCGGUCAAACGAAGAAGCAAACAAUGAUGCAAUGUUAGUCAAUUUGGAGCUGCUCGAUGAACGCAGGGACUUGGCACAUAUAAGGAUGGCAACUCUAAAACAACGAAUAGAGAGAUAUUACAAUCGAAGGGCCAACCUCUGUUACUUCAAAGUAGCAGACUUCGUUUUAAGGAAAGUAACUCAGAACACCCGGGAACUCAAUGUGGGAAAGCUGGGUCCUACGUGGGAAGGCCCUUACCAGGUUUCACCUGUCACCGGGAAAGGGUCAUACGAAUUAGAGAAUCAAGAUGGAGAAAAGUUUCCAAGCAACUAG